UCACCUACAUGUUGAGCGAAGCUGAAAUAGCCUCUCAAAGCUAUCAGCACAGGUAGCAAAAAAAAAAGAAGUCAGUGUUUUAAAAUAGCCCAGCCCCAUUAAACAGAACCGUCUAACAUGUGGCUCGUGGGUUUUUCUAAGAAGUCCACUGAAGUCUGUAAAUAGCUCCAUUUUACUGAGACAAUAUUUCAUCUUAUAUCUUUAUUCAUUUAAUUUCAUCCCAAUUAAUUAAUGUCUCAAUUUAAUCAACUUCAUUUAAUUUCGCUACGUACCUAAUUAUUUAUAAAACAGAAAAAACAAAAGAUAGGGCCGCAUGGUACGACACCUUCGCCUUUCCCGUUUGAAAAAUGGAACUAUUAUUACAAAUAUUUUGACAUUCAGUGUACGUCAUAAAUAGGCUGCCGUAAUAUCCACAAAAAUGUCUCUGGGAAAGUUUUUAGCCCUCGACAAGCUAAGCAAUUUUUUUAACGUAAUUCGUCAGAACGGUGGUAUAAGAGCCUCGUUGUAUAAACUAUACAGGCAGGACGAUGUAAAGGACGGUGUUCUAGUUGGAGAAGACAAAUAUGGUAACAAAUACUAUGAGAACCCACGUUUCUUUUACAGCAGGAACAGAUGGGUCGAGUACUCGGACAAGUAUUACUUGAACUAUGAUGGAAGUCAGGUUCCCGCUGAAUGGUUUGGUUGGCUACACUACAAAACCGAUUUGCCUCCGCAUCAGGAUCCGAGUCGUCCCCACUACAAGUGGAUGGCGGACCACACCGAAAAUCUUUCUGGCACGACCGCCCAAUAUGUGCCGUACAGUACGACCCGACCCAAAGUGGAAGCCUGGGAGCCGAAACGCAAAGACAGUGUUUAAAAAUAAAUUCACGCUAAAAUUUAUCUUGUAGAACACCUUUUUUUUGUAAAUGUCAGCUGUCAAAUACUGAUAUGUCAGUCAGUUUUUUUUUAAAUGUUGCUAUAAUAUUUAUAAAUGAAACUAAAGUAAUUUGUACAUGUUAGUUUUUAAGUAGAAAGUUGAAUAAAUAUUUGAAAUUCGUUAAAAA